UGUAGACUUAUGUUUGCUGGCUUUAGUUGAUGCCUCCGCAAAUCCAGGCUAGUUUAUAAAAACGCUGGCCUGUUUGUGUUUGUUAUUUCUCCCACGGCGAGUGGAAACGGGGGGUGUCGGAAGGUUAGAUGGCCGACUCGCUCUUGCAACAGGCACUUUGAACGCUUGCUCGCUCUCGUGGCUCGAGCGGCGGAAAAUCUUUGACAUUUUUCACAUUUUUGGAGAAGAAGGCUGUUCAUACGCCCCUUUUAAAAGCGCCACAUGCCGUGUGCUCCGUGUCAGAAGCCCGUAAACACCCACGGGGGAUUGAAGCCUCAACUCCCCAAAAAUAUUCAGCUCGAAAAACAGCUUUUGGGACAAGAUGACGAUUGUAAGCGCUGCUCUUUUCCUCUCUCUAGUUGGCUCGCUCCGUACUCGGGGGAUUUCACCGGAGGCUUUCUUUUCGGACCACCUCGACGAAGAUCGCCGAGGAGACUUGUUGCUUCGCCACCUUGGACCUUUUAAGUCCAAGUUCCGUGUCUCACCCUAGUCCAGUCCAGGCUUGAGCUUGGAGAACCUAGCCGCCAAAAUUGAUCCCAGCAAUUGGAGCGGCAGCGAGAGCCCUGCCGAAGACAUGGAGCGGAUGAGCGAUUCGGUGGAUAAGCCCGUGGACAAUGACGCAGAAGGCGUGUGGAGUCCUGACAUCGAACAGAGCUUCCAGGAGGCCUUGGCCAUCUACCCUCCUUGUGGACGUCGUAAGAUCAUCCUUUCGGACGAGGGCAAGAUGUAUGGUCGGAACGAGCUGAUCGCUAGAUACAUCAAGCUUCGGACAGGGAAGACGAGGACUCGCAAGCAGGUGUCUAGUCACAUACAGGUCUUAGCAAGAAAGAAAGUUCGAGAAAUCCAAGCUGCCAUUAAGGUACGUCUGGCUUUGCCCAGUUACAGGGGGCUUUUCAUUGCCAUGGUUACAGGCUCUUGCUUUGUUUUCCUCCCCUCCCCUACCCCGCAGGUGUCUAGUCACAUUCAGGUUCUAGCCAGAAGGAAAUCUCGUGAGUUUCAUUCCAAGCUAAAGGUCACAAGUAUGGACCAGGCCGUGAAGGACAAAGCCCUCCAGAGCAUGGCCUCCAUGUCGUCAGCACAGAUCGUCUCCGCCACGGCUAUUCACAACAAGCUGGGCCUGCCCGGCAUCCCGCAUCCAGCGUUCCCCGGAGCAGGGAUAUGGCAAGGAAUGAUAUCGACGAGUCAGCCAGGAUCCUCACAAGACAUCAAACCCUUCACCCAGCAAGCCUAUCCCAUCCAGCCAGCAGUCACAACCGCAAUUACAAGCUACGAGCCCACCGCUGCUGCUCCGACAGCACCAGCUUGGCAGGGCCGCUCUAUCGGCACAACCAAACUGAGACUAGUGGAGUUCUCUGCCUUUCUGGAGCAACAGAGAGACCCAGAUUCGUACAACAAGCACCUCUUUGUGCAUAUCGGACAGACCAAUCAUUCCUACAGCGACGCCCUGCUGGAGUCUGUGGACAUUCGUCAGAUUUAUGACAAAUUUCCGGAAAAGAAGGGAGGACUGAAGGAGCUGUAUGGAAAGGGCCCUCAAAAUUCCUUCUUCCUAAUAAAGUUCUGGGCCGACCUAAACUGCAACAUCCAGGACGAGAACGGCUCUUUCUACGGCGUCACCAGUCAGUAUGAGAGCUCGGAGAACAUGACCAUCACAUGCUCCACUAAAGUAUGCUCCUUCGGCAAGCAGGUGGUUGAAAAAGUCGAGACUGAAUACGCGCGGUUUGAAAAUGGGCGUUUCGUCUACAGGAUAAGCAGGUCUCCCAUGUGUGAAUACAUGAUCAACUUCAUCCAUAAGCUAAAACACCUGCCUGAGAAGUACAUGAUGAACAGCGUGCUUGAGAACUUCACUAUCUUAUUGGUGGUGACCAACCGGGACACGCAGGAAACCCUGCUUUGUAUGGCGUGCGUGUUUGAAGUGUCAAACAGCGAGCACGGCGCCCAGCAUCAUAUCUACAGACUGGUAAAAGAAUGAAUCUCCUUUUUUCCCUUAACAGGCUCUCCGACAUCCUGACAAGUGGCAGUGCCUCUCGCUCAAAGUCACACCCCACAACGCUUUCCGCUCACGACCCCAACUCUUUUCCUUUCACUGUUAUUAUUUCGUCUCUUGUGACCGCAUCCAUGAGUUGCGGUGCAGCUGUUUUGUUUUUUUAUGUGAUUCUUUGUUCCACUGCAGGUGAUCUCCCCUAGAGACUGUAGCGUCGACAUACAUAAUUGACUUCUCUAAUUUGGUCAGUGGAACUCAGUUCUGUCUACUAUUUUUUUGUCUGUAUAUAAGCUGCCAGCUUUUCUCGUGCCGGCGGCCUGAUGUGAUCUAUGUAUGAGUGUGUUGAGCAUACUUGUUUAAUGUACCAGACCUGCAGCCCAUAGAGCUCCAAAGAAAAGACCUGACACUAAAUGUGCUACAAAAUGAAGUCAAAUUAUUUUCCCUGUCUAAGCACAGCGACACAGUCACAGCGGUCUGAUUGCACUCUAAAACAAGAAACUACCCUCACUUUGCUGCCUUUUGUCGUGGAUUUAAAGGAGCCAUAUGUAAGAAUUGCACAUUCAUUAUUUAUUAAAUGGCCCUCAUAGUUCAAUUGACAUGAAAAAAAAACAUGUUUUUGGAAACAUGGUUCUCAUCAUGGUUCUUAAUGGUUCUCAGCCUAGAUUUGUUUAUCUUAAAAUCGAUUGUAAGGCCCUUAACAUUGAUGUUCUUUGAUUCUGUUUACAACAGAUGUCCCGCCCUUCGCCAAUGGACCUAUCGCUAAGCCACGCCCCCUGACAAACUGAAAACCCUAUGGCUCUGUCAAAUUCUCUCAGUGACAUUGACUGAGUGAACGAAUGGUUUAUGAAUAAUGCCAGGAGUUCAAAGUUCUGAAUUUGUACAACCAGAGCAGGCAAUAGACCUGUUUUAUUUUUUUUUUACUGAAAUGUUUUUUAUUUUUAUUUUAUUUUUUUAUUUUAUUUUUUAUUUUUUUAUGAAUUUCGUGUCGAAGCAGACAGGGAGGGCUGCAGUCAGUGUUGUUUUUGGCAGCCCUUUUAAUUUUUGCUUUAGUCUUAGUCUUUUGGACGAAAAUACGUAUUAGUCUUAGUCAUAUUUUAGUCACUUCAAUAUACAGUAUGUUCGUCUUCGUCUAGUUUUAGUCGACGAAAUCGCAUACGAAUUUCACCUCGUUUUACUCGACAAUUACUAAAAAUGUUUUCGUCUGGAAAAUUCAAAAGUUUUAUUCCAAAAAUAAAUAAAGGUUUCCAACAAUUUUGAAUAAACAUAGACAAGCAGAUAUUGUAGCAUCUACAAGUACAACGCCAACUUGGUGAUGAUAAUACACACUCAGCAGGAAAAGCAGUACAUCUGAUCAUUUUCAAUUAAACCCACCUUGAAGCGACGAACUGUAUGUAAUUUUAAAAAAAUCUCAGAACGUUUAACACUGUGAAGUCUUGGGAUUUUUUGCUAUUCUUAGGGUCUAGCCAGAAGUUGCAAACAAUCGGUAUUACGCAGUAAUUGCUCAUUUACCCAACAAAAUAGCUGAAGUUGGCUCAUAGCUUUUAGCUUUUUAGCCAUUUCUCCAACUGUCUCUCCUCUAGACUUAAUGGCCAGAAGAGCCAAGUGGCUCUGCUUUAGAAUGACCAGUAUUUUAAGAGGACGCUUGCCAUUCUGAAGUGAAUACUACGUUAAGGCUAGGAGUUACAUUUAGCGUCUGAUGAUCACUCGGCACAGACCUUUAAAGGCUAAAGUAGCAUUGCAUAUUCUAUCUUGCCAAGAUAAAAAACUAAUCUUACCAUAACGUGGCUCAGUGGUAGAGUAGUUGUCCCCCAACCCAGAGGGUUGGGUUAUAAGUUCGAUUCUCUGCCCUGAUGAACUCAAGUAUCCUUGCGCAAGAUACUGAACCCUGCGUUACUCCUGGUGUUGCGUCACAAGGAUGUAGUGCAAAGCGCUUUGAGGGCCUUGAAGGUGGAAAGGCGUUAUACAAGUAUAACUUCCUUUACCAUUACCAUUUACCAUGUUUCCAAACAAGCAAAUGGAGCGCUUCUCUGGUAAAGAGACGCAGCACAUCUCACAUGAGUGACAUGACCCAAAAACACGCUACAAUGCAAGCUGAAGUACUCCACGUACAAUGUGAAAAUGUCACGCAUUGUGAACAUAUGACAGAAACUAUGUCGCAUUUACGUCUUGUUGUUGUCUUGUCAGACAAAAACUAGCAUUUGUCUCCUUAUGUACUAGUCUCCCAAGCCAUGUUUUUAGCUCGUGGUCGUCAUGGAAAAGUUGUUCGUCGACGAAAUAUUUUCGUUAUCGUCAUUGUUGACGAAAACAACACUGGUUCCAGUAUGUAGUGGAGCGGUAUGUCCAUGGUAUUAAACUUUACAGAGAGGAGACCAUUAUUAUAAUAAAGACGAAAUGCUACCACGUGCAACUUAAAAAGGAGAAACCCCGUAGGCCGAAUAUCAGGCUAGCUAUGAAGUUAGCUACUUGUUAACGUUAUGUUAGUGUGUUUGUUCUUUAUUUCAUUUUUUUGAGAAAAUUGUCAAAACAAAGAAUGUUUACAAUCUAGAACAAAAAGGAGCAGAAAAAAAGAAUAUUAUUUCUGCCCCCUUGUCCCAAGAAAUUAGUUUACUACAAAAUCAUUUACAAAUCUUGAAAGCUUAUAUAUUUAUAUACAUACUAGCCAGCUACUCUGUAGUUGCUGUGCUGGGGUGCUGGGGGUCUUGACAGCUUAGUUUAGUUAUAUUUUAUUCUAUUUGUGUAGUGACAGGCUAGUAAACAAGUAGGCAACCAAAUGUUAGCUAACUAACGUUACUAGUCAAAUCUACGUUUCUACUGCAGUACGUGUUAUCAAAUAUAUAUAUAUAUAUAUAUUUUUUACAAAUCAAUCAUUAAUUUACCUUUGAGCAAACAUAAAUGUCCUUGGUUAUUGUCAUGGCAUUCAGUUGUUUCUUUGGUCGACAACAGAGCCUUAUCCAUCACUUGCAUUUGGUGAGCUUUCUUUUAGGCUUUCUAAAAGGUACAAAAAUAAUUCCUCCAAUCACAGUGUUUAACCUUCAGGUUUUUGCAAAGUCAAAGUUAGAAAAAAAGACGUUUUAAGUCACGACCACACUGUACAUUUCUAUGCAACUCUACCACUCUUCCCGGUUGGUGUCAGAGUUUUCUGAUUUGGGGGCGUGGCUUAGCGAUAGGUCCAUUACGAGAUCAGUUCUGUGUCUGUGUCCAGGUUGCCAGAGCUAUGUAAGGCUACUACAACUUUUACAAACAGUUUGAAUUAACAAUGUUGUUAUCCACUAGUACAAAAACACAAACAAACAAAAAAAAAAACGUUACAAAUCUCAAAUGAUUUAUGACAUAAUCAAAAAUAAGGCAAGGAGAUGCAUUGGAGAAGCCUUCAAUCAAUGCAGACAAAUGAAAACAGAAAAAAUUGACAUGUGCAAAAGUUGCGCGAUUUCUCGUUGAACUUUUGUAACUGAACUGUGUACUUUUGAGUUAUUCUAUAUUUCUUUCAUGUAUGGUAAACUGACAUUUAGAAUAUGAAGUUGACAUGCUCGUGCUACAUUGUUUAGCAUGUAGGUCCAUUGAAAGAUAUAUUUGGUAGGUAAUUGAACGUGUAACCUACCUCACUAAAAUGUUUUUUUAAGUCCACCAACUUAACCCAAGUAAAAUUUGAGACCCUUAUGUUUGAAGACUUUAGCUUGUGCUGUUUAAUUUUUCGCAUGUAAUAGACCUAGGUUGUAGACUACACUUGCUGUAUAUUCAGGGGAUCGUUGCUCAUGUUAGUGUGUAGUUUAUUAGCCUGUCUUUUCUGAUUGAAUAUCAACAAUAGUAUUGUAACCAUUUGUGGUGCAGAAUGCAUACUAGGGGAUUUUCGCCAGAACUUAGAUUCUGAAGCGCUUAUUUGGCAGCCCAAAUUUUGUGCUCUUCAAUAUUUUGAUCCUGGUUGCAGUACCAUUCUUGGCCACCAGGCUUACACAUGGCUCCUAUAAAACAUUUCAACCUGAUAAGCAUCCCUGUUCCUACCUAACAGGUUAAAGGACUACAAGACGUAAACUGACUCAUCCAAAAGCACUUUUGUUUACGACACUAUUAAGUCGCCUCACACUACAUUCCCAUGUACGUGGCCUAUGCCGCCUCCGAGCCUUAAACAGCUGUGCGAUCUCUAAGAGACACGGCUAAAACUGUGAUCCGUUGCCCCGUGAGUGCUCCAUGUGUACGAGAUUCCCCUCGCAGUCUGCCAAAGUGUUGAGACUACAGUGCCUUAGCAUAUAGGGUCCAACUUUAUUCUAAGUCAGGCUGAUACGGGCAAAAUCAUUCACCAGUACACUAUUUUGAGAGUCACAACAUUAGAACAACUCAGAUGAAAUUAAAGUUGUAUUUUUCUCUAGGAAAAAAAAAACCUCAUAUAUUCCCUAAAUCUCCGUUUUUUUUCUAUGAACUCCUGUGGAAUUUCCUGAUGUAAAGGUAAAAGACCAAAAAAAAAAAAGAAAGAAAAGAAAACACACAUUCUCUUGCUCUUUUAAUGUGGUGUGCAUGGUAGCGAAAAGUGCCUUUUGCUUUACAAUUUCCAAUUCCAAGUGACACAAAAAAAAAUGUGGCUAGACCAAAAAUGAGAUGAAACCAAGUACCGCAUUGCCUUUUUCCUUAAAGCAGGGACACAUUUUUCAUCGGGACACGAUGUCAUUUAAAAAAGGAACAAUAUUUCCCUUGUAAUUGCUCAUAUUAUACCCCAAAAGUAAACGAGAAAUGCUGAAACUUUUGUUUUUGCGUAGAUUUUUAAUUUUAUCUUUUAUUUUAUGUACACAAAAGGAUUUAUGCUUCUCAAAUACUGUUCACAAAUCUAUUUACCGUAUCUUCUGGACUAUAAGUCGUACUUUUUAUUCAUAGAUUUUUUUUUUUUUAAUAGCCUGCAAUACAUGUUCAGGAGCAGAGGUGGCUAGUAAUGCGUUUCAUGUACUGCUUUACAUUUACUUGAGUAACUUUUUGAAAAAAUGUACUCCUUGGAGUAGUUUUACUUAGCCAUACUUGUUACUUUUAUUUGAGUAGAUUUGUGAAGAGAAAAAACUACUCUUACUCUGCUACUUUGGGCCACACGUUACAUUUUCACUUUUUACUCUACAUAUUAGAUUUAUUUUUUGGGCAGCGAUGCCAAAAGUAGCUCUAAUAUUUCACCAAUGAGACGUCGCAACAAUAAUCACAUGACUCCAUUAUACCAAUCAGGCACAAGCUUACCGUUCCAUGCUCACGCCAGCCUGUUCAAUCACGUGGUGUCUCUAAAGGAUAAAAAAUGGAAGUAUUUUACAUAGAGCGCUGCCCUCAAUAUGACUCAGAAGCGCGGAUUUUAACCUCUCUUCCAAUUUUUAUUUGGCACCGAUUGACCACGAAAAACCGGCGAUAUGAUCCUUUUAAUUCCAUAAUAGUAACUAUGAAGGAACGAAUCACUAUUCAAAAAAAGGAAUUAUUUUCUCCACUAGAGGGCACUCAUGCUCUUUGGACGAAUAAUG